AUGCUGCUGGUGCUGGUGGUGCUCAUCCCCGUGCUGGUGAGCUCGGGCAGCCCAGAUGGCCACUAUGAGAUGCUGGGCACCUGCCGCAUGGUGUGCGACCCCUACCCCGCGCGGGGCCCCGGCGCCGGCGCGCGGCCCGACGGCGGCGACGCCCUGAGCGAGCAGAGCGGCGCUCCCCCGCCCUCCACGCUGGUGCAGGGCCCCCAGGGGAAGCCGGGCCGCACAGGCAAGCCGGGCCCCCCUGGACCCCCCGGGGACCCGGGUCCUCCCGGCCCUGUGGGGCCACCCGGGGAGAAGGGUGAGCCAGGCAAGACCGGCCCUCCCGGGCUGCCAGGAGCGGGGGGCAGUGGCGCCAUCAGCACGGCCACCUACACCACGGUGCCGCGCGUGGCCUUCUACGCCGGCCUCAAGAACCCUCACGAGGGUUACGAGGUGCUCAAGUUUGACGACGUGGUCACCAACCUAGGCAACAACUACGACGCGACCAGCGGCAAGUUUACGUGCAACAUUCCCGGCACCUACUUUUUCACCUACCACGUCCUCAUGCGCGGCGGCGAUGGCACCAGUAUGUGGGCGGACCUCUGCAAGAACGGACAGGUGCGGGCCAGCGCCAUUGCCCAGGACGCAGACCAGAACUACGACUACGCCAGCAACAGCGUGAUCCUGCACCUGGACGCGGGCGACGAGGUCUUCAUCAAGCUCGACGGAGGCAAAGCGCACGGCGGCAACAGCAACAAAUACAGCACCUUCUCCGGCUUCAUCAUCUACUCCGAUUGA